AUGGGAGACCUGAAGUCGGGUUUUGAAGAGGUGGAUGGCGUGAGGCUCGGCUACCUCAUCAUUAAAGGAAAGCAAAUGUUUGCACUCUCCCAGGUUUUUACAGACCUGCUCAAAAACAUCCCGAGAACUACCGUGCACAAGCGAAUGGAUCAUUUAAAAGUAAAAAAACAUCACUGCGACCUGGAGGAGUUGAGGAAACUCAAAGCCAUCAACUCCAUCGCUUUCCACGCCGCCAAAUGCACCCUGAUCUCCAGAGAGGACGUGGAAGCCCUUUACACAUCCUGCAAAACCGAACGGGUCCUCAAGACAAAACGGAGGAAAAUAAGCCGGGCACUGUCAACAAGCGACCUCCGGCCGGAGCAGGCGCCCGCCGACCCCUUCUCCGACUUUUGGAAGGAGAACAAACUUUGGCUGGGUUUGAAUGACUCUCCCCGGGCCCUGCUGCCAAUCAGGAGGAAAGCGUGGCGCCCGGGGCACGCAGCCCUGCUACCGGCCUCUCAUCUACCUCACAUUUUUAGUAAAUACACUGGCCACAGCUACCCAGAAAUCGCCCGGGCGCCUCGCAAACCCCCCGUAAACUAUGAAACGGCGCCGGUGGGGGGGAACUGCGCGGCCCUGCGCGCCCGCCGCCCGCCCGCCGCCGCGGCGCGCCCGCGGCUCCCGCCCGCCGGGCCCCCGCCCCUGCCCGGCCGCCACCGCCGCCGCCGCGCCGCCGCCGCCGCCGCCGCCACGGACUGCGCGCUGGGCCCCGCCGGCGGCGCCCGGCGGCCCCGCGGCGCCCCGCGGCUCCCGCUGCCGCUGCCGCGCGGCUUCGGGCCGCCGCCGCCGCCCGCCUUCGCCGAGAGCGGCAGCAGCGACUCGGAGUCCAGCUCCUGCUCCGACCGCGCCGCCCACGACUCGGACUUCGGCUCCAGCCUCUCCAGCUCCAGCGAGGGCAGCUCGGAGGAGGAGGACGAGGAGGAGGAGGAGGACGAGGAGGGCAGCGGCGCCUCGGACUCCAGCGAGGGCAGCUCGGAGGAGGAGGAGGAGGAGGAGGAGGAAGAGGAGGAGGAGGAGGAAGAGGAGGAGGACAGCACCUCGGACUCCGACUCCAGCUCGGUCUCCAGCCAGGUCUCGGUGCAGAGCAUCCGCUUCAGGCGCACCAGCUUCUGCAGCCCGCCCGGCGUGGUGCACGCCAACUUCUUGUACCAUCUGGCGGCCGCCGCCGCGCCUCGGCCCCCGGCGCCGGCCGCGGCGGAGCCCGGCGGGCCGCCCGCCCUCCGCGGCGCUGCCGGCGGCCUCCAGCCCGAGCCGCCGGGGCCCUGGGGCCGCCCGGGCUGGGCCGCCGCCGCCCCGGCGCUGCGCUGCCCCGGCGGCCUGGGGAGCUGCUUCGCGGAGAUGCGAGAGGAUAGGGUGCCUGAGCUCACAUUCCCACACUCUGAAUUUGCCAGUAAUGCCAAGAGCACUGACCUAACAAUUAACUGUGUUGCAAAGGGGGCCUCUUCACCUAGCCCAAAGACAAACAAUGCAUUUCCACAACAAAGAAUACUCAGAGAGGCAAGGAAAUGCCUGCAAGCAACUACUACACACUGUGCAGAUAACAAUACAAUAGCUGCUAGGUUCUUAAAUAACAAUUCUUCAUCAGCGGCAGCAAAAUCAGAAAAAGAUUCCAAAAUCCCUCAUUGUAUUGAAUUUGCCACGGAUUUGCCCUCUUUACAAACUGAUCCUGAGGAGGAUGCUGCUUCUCCAGGGGCAGCAGCAGCAGAGCUCCACUGCACUGAUACAGGCAAUAAGGCAUUGCCAUUCCUGCACAGCAUUAAAAUCAAAAUAGAGGACAGCAGUGCGAACGCCGAGUAUGAGCCUGACCUUACAACACAUAAGCUAAAGUGUGAGUGCAAUGAUACUAAGGAUGAGUUUUACGGUGUGACUGAGAGUACUAACCAGGACGCUUUAUUAACAGCCAAGGAAGAUUCUGCAUGCACUGAGAAAGAAACCACUUCCUUAAACCCGCUGACUCAGAGUCAGGCCCUCUCAUGCACUUUAGGUACUCCAAAACCUGAGGAUGGGGAGUAUAAAUUUGGAGCAAGGGUGAGAAAAAAUUACAGGACAUUGGUUUUGGGAAAGCGACCUGUACUGCAGACUCCUCCAGUCAAACCAAAUUUGAAAUCAGCUCGAAGCCCACGUCCUACAGGUAAAAUUGAGACACAUGAAGGAACACUGGAUGAUUUUACAGUUAACAAUAGACGCAAAAGGGUAGCCAGCAAUGUAGCAUCAGCAGUGAAAAGGCCAUUUAAUUUCAUGGCAAAUUUUCCCUGUCCACCAUCACUAAUUAUUGGCAAUGAUGGGGAUUUGUUGCCAGCUUAUUCCUUAAACACCACUAAGGAUUCCCAACCACCUCACAAGGCCCAUCCUGUAUGGAAAUGGCAACUGGGCGGUUCUGCAAUACCUCUUCCACCUAGCCACAAAUUCAGGAAAUUUAAUUAA